UAACGAUUGGCCGAUGUAGCUUACGUUGACAAACAUGGCGGUUAAACAGCAGUUGAGUCUUGUUGCCAUGUGAAAUUCAUGCGAAAAUGGCAAAGGUUCAAACCCCACAUGAGAAGGUGGGCAAAACCGUUGUGAAGAAGGAGACCAACCCAAAGUCCAAACCAAACCACCAGACCAGAAAUACCUACUGUAUUUUAUGUCGCAGGUUAUAUUUGAAACAUGAAGCACAAGAGCAUAUGCAUGGCAUGCUGCAUCACAGAGAGCUGGAAACAGUGCUGGGCAAAGAUUCAUUUCAUGAAUGCCAGGCGUGUAAGGCAUCCUCCAUGGGUUUAAAUGAGUACGCCCAGCACAUCUCCACCACUCAACACAAAGAUAAGUUGAAGAUCUUGAUGUUCAAAAAUGUGAAGCCCUCCUCACUGUAUAAGACUCUGAGCAGGGAGACAGUCAGCAGAAUCCUGGAGAGGAACAAGACGCUAAAGAAGGAGGAGAAGAAAAUUAUGAAGAAGAAAAAAAAGAAACUGAAGCAGGUAGCUGGUCAGCGUGCAGCAGUGCAAUUGGCAACUGCCACAAAAACCAAGGUGGCGUCCAAAGUAGUGAAUCCUGAAAAAUCCAAAAAAGUGAACAUGAGGACACUGAAACGGAUGCAAGAGACUCACCAGAUAGAAAGCAACCAUGCUGUUGUUCAAAACAAGGAGAACAAAAUGUCCAGUUUGAAAAGACCGCUUUACCAAUCAGAAUCAACUCUGCAGAGUCAAAACAGAAGACUUAUUUGUCUGCCAGGAGAGCCCAAAAGUAGAACUUGGAAUCACCCCUACCCUCAGGACCACCUGAGGAAUGAUGAUAACUUUUCUGUCAUAAAUCAGUGCAGCAAAGUCAAAAUAGAGAGAUCCCAAACUAACAUACAUUUUAAAAGACCACACAACACCCAGGGAAGUGGCGCCAGCACGCCAGAACAAUUAUCAUGGCCUGCCAUCAGUCGUGACUGUUACAACGGGCAGUAUGAUACAGAGUUCACCAGUAAUCACCUCCCUCAGAAUGGAGCCGUCGUCAUUAAUCACGAUCAAGAUGAGAACGCAAGAGCUUCUCAACCAGGACCAGAGCAAGCUGCACAUCCUGCUAACACUUCUGCCAAUGCUGCACCCAUACGAGAUGUGGAUGUCAGUUCAAUGCUGAGGCAAAUCAGAAGGGCGCUGGGUGUGAGGGAGCCAUGUAGAGCAGAUCGUGAAGCCCGGAAGCAGAGCAGCGAGGCAGGUGGCCGGGUGGCCGAUCACUCCGCCGCGCAGCAAGCCGGAACUGGGAAAGAGCAGCUAGCAGGUGGCUCCUUCAGGAACCACAACAACGAAGCUGCACUUUACAUCACCUCUGCUGCAGAUGCAUCUGUGCAGUCUCCACAGGUCAACACAUCUGCUCCUGCUACGCAGACAACUUCCAAAACAACACAAGGAAUGACUCAGCAUUGGGAGAGGAGCUCAGUGGUUGUGUGUGAUUCAGAUGGACCAUCAAACAGCAGCGAAAUCUGGCAGUCUCAGGGAGCAUCUGCCUUUUCAGCGUUCGACAGCCUGGCUUCACUCGGUGGAUGUCAGACCACUUCCACUGAGCCCAACCGGAACAUCACCUGCAAGGUUCGAAUUGCCCACAAAUCAGGCAAAGUUCAGGGGGAGAAAGAGGAUGGACUUAAACCAACCCUGCAGAAGUUGCUCACUUUAUCAGGGGCCAGUAGUAAGUUGAGCUGGAGGGAGAUGUACGGGGAGAUGAAACGGAGAAAACAGGACAAGAUCAAUGGCAUGCCCAGGUUUGGAAUCGAGUUGCUGAACCCUUUCUCUGACCAAGAAGGCUCAGCACAGGCGGAGGACAAUAACAUGCUGCUUUCAGAGGGCUUCCACUGGGAGUCGUUUCCAGACGGUCCUCCGAGUCCACACCUUCCCCCACCCCAGAACACAACAGAUAAUGACUCUCACACAGAGACACAGUCCAGUUCUAGGAUGCAGGUGGCUGUGGGGCAGCCUGCUCAAACACAGGAUUGCAGCAGUCAGACAGUAGCAGCAGCGCCUGUGAAAGUGGAACCAAACUUGGAGGAUGAAAACAGAGAUUUGAGAAACAACAGUAGUGCCAACAAGAGGAAACACAAAUCAGUAAGAAAUGAUGGCAUUUCUGAUAUGGAACCAGGUGGGAAAAAGAAGAAAACAAAGUCACACAAGGACCAGGGCCAAAUGGACCAGCUAUUGGCGGUUUCUCUGAGGGAGGAGGAGUUGAGCCAUUCGCUGCAGGAUUUGGACAAGUCUUUGAUUCAAGCCCGCAAUGCCUUGCAAGCUGCCUACACAGAAGUCCAAAGACUCCUGUUACUGAGACAGCAGUUUACUGCUGAGGUCAACAGUCUGAGAGCCAAGCGGAUUGAGAUCCUGCAGGGGAUGCAAGAAGGGUACUCCGGAGCAUCUAACAUGGCAGAGAAAGCCACCACCUCGUCAGCAGGGGUGGCUGACACUGCGCAACCGAGAAUCUCUUCCCUUUCUUGCUCUAGUGUCUUUGCCACUUCCUCUAGCCAGUUACCAUCUGCCACAAACCCAACGUCUUCCAUCAGCCAACCUCCUCCCACGUCUCUAGCCCUGCCAACCAUUUCAGUAAAGCGAGAAAUCUGCCAACUACCCAGCGCUCAACAGACGAGCCAGUUAGCCCAAACGGUCUCCUUUAACGCUGAUACACCUCAGGUACCCUUGUUUUCCUCUGAUCUGCUGCUACUCUCACCACCACACUUGGCAGCUUCCACAACUGCUACUACCUCUUCCAAACAACUCAGGCCAGGGUGCUCCUCAUCGGUGAAUACGCCGCCUUCUGCCGAGUCUUCCUACAAGCAGCAGGAGCACGUGCCGAGGGAAGGGUUAAAGGGAAGUAUAAAGAGAGAAAGUUUAGCAAGGGAAGAAGCAUCGCCUAUUGAAAGUGACUCUGAGGAGGAGAUGGAAGGACAUAUCAGCAACAAACAAGUAAAAGGAAAAGAGUUAAUAGCAGAGAACUCAACUUUUGUCCCCGAAAGACAUAAAAAUACACCUGCUGCAGCAUCAGACAACGACGGAGGGAAUGAGAGCGAUAACUCUGUGGAAAUGAUGGAGCCCUCCAACUUGGUGGUCAUUGAUAUUGAUGAAUCAGAUAAUGAGGGCUCACCUGAAACUGGCUCAAAUGUUCCAGCUCAACAAGAGCCUCCUCAGAAGUCUGUCAGUGUGGAGUUCAGUUCUGCAAGGGCAUGCACAUCGCACCAAAAUGUUGAGAGAAAAUUUCAGCCAGUGAAAGAGGUCAAUAUUCCACCAGAGUCUGUUCAGCCGGUCGAGGAUGAGGAACCAUUCUUGGGAGCAUUUGUAAACCACACAGGUCCCGUCCACGGCCUGCAGAUCCAUGAGGGCUCCUUGUACACAUGCUCAGGGGACAACACAGCACGAGCCUACAGUCUGGUGAACGGGGAUUGCCAAGCAGUGUUUGAGGGCCACACAAACAAAGUCAACUGUCUGCUUGUGUCCUCACUCCCGAACAUGCCGGUGCGCCUCUACACCGGGUCCAGUGACCAGACUAUCUGCUGUUACAGUAUAAAGUCCAAGAAGUGUUUGGAGCAGAUCCCUCUACCAGACAGAGUGUUGUGUUUGCACAUAGCCUGGAACAUUCUGUAUGCCGGGCUCGCCAAUGGAUCAGUGGCUAGCCAUGAUCUAAAGACUCUGAAACAGCUGGAUGUCUUUGAGUGCCAUGGCCCACGAGGCGUCAGCUGCCUGGGUACAGCCCAGGAGGGCGCCCGCCGGGUGCUGCUGGUUGGCUCCUACGACAGCACCAUCAGCGUACGAGACGCCAAGAGCGGCCUGCUGCUGCGCUCGCUGCAGGGUCACACAAAGACUGUACUCUGUAUGAAGGUGGUGAAUGACCUGGUCUUCAGCGGCUCCAGUGAUACAUCUGUUCAUGCUCACAACAUCCAUACGGGUGAGUUGGUUCGUAUCUACAAGGGUCACGGUCACGCCGUCACAUCGAUUGUCAUCUUGGGGAAGGUGAUGGUGACAGCCUGUCUGGAUAAACUGGUUCGAGUUUAUGAGCUACAGUCCCAUGACCGGCUGCAGGUGUACGGCGGGCAUAGUGAUAUGGUGAUGUGCAUGGCUGUCCAUAAGAGUGUGAUCUACACAGGUUGCUAUGAUGGAAGUGUUAAAGCGGUAAAGCUCAACUUGAUGAAGAACUUCCGCUGCUGGUGGCAAAAUUGCUCUCUGAUUUUCGGCAUGGCGGAGCAUCUUAAGCAGCACCUGAUUGGAGACCACAGCAACCCCAAUCUGCAGACAGUCAAAUGCCGCUGGAGAGGCUGCAGCACUUUUUUUUCCACACAGCAGUUAGUUAGACAGGAACUUCCCAAACACAUGCAGAGCCACGUAGAGAAGGACAGUAAAGUGCAGCCUUGAUGAGAGCGGAGGUGAAGUGGUGCAGCAGAUGAAGGCUGGAGUUCACAACAACUGAAGUUCUUUUCAGGAUUUUCAGUUUUAUGGACACGGCCUGUGUACAUUUCCAACGGGAGUUUUUCCUGUUUUUCUAGCUUUUGAGUUCCUCUUUGGCCUCGGACAUAUUCUAACCUCUGUUUUGUCUGAACUGUGAUAGUGAGACAAGACUUGUUAUUGAUCCCUGAAGCUGUUUUUAUAAAGGGAUUUAGACGUGCAGUGUUUACUUCUGAUCAGUGUCAAAAUGCAAAAAAAACCCCACAUGGUUAAGCACCAUUCUGUCUCAUUCAGUCUCUAAUGAACAUACAAGGUUUUAACAGUCCCGCUUCUUAUUAAUUUCAGCAAUCGUCACCAUCAAUCAUUCGCAGUCAUCCGUUUGCUUUAAGUCAUCAGCAACGAAUUUGGCGAGUAAAAGAAUUGAUUUAUUCUGCUUUUUGAUCUGUUGGUCAACAUGUUAUCACUGUGAAUACAUGACAUGAGGCUUUGGUCAUUAUACAGAACACUUAGAUUAUAACCUAAUAACUCAGAACAUGUAUGCAGCACUUGCAUGAACACCUUAGAGUAGCUUUUGUGAAGCAACUUAUACUGUGAAUUGCCUUAAACAUCCAUCUGGCUUAGAUUUGUAUUGGUGAUCGGCUCUAAUGUAACGACUACAAGUUUUUAGUUUAGUAUGAAACUGUUAAGUAACGGCAAAGAGGGUAUGCCACUCAAGUGACUGAAAAUUCAAAUUCAUUCAUAGUAGUACAUCAAAUCUGCAUACUUAAGUUAUUGUAAAGAUGACGGAAAACCCCCCAAAGUGUCUGGAAUUUCUCUCAUUCCCACAUCCUAAUCCAAUAAAGAUCAUUUUAGGAGGAAUCAGGGCUUUUUCUUCAUAAAAUCAGCAAGUAUUUGAGGAUUCCUAGAAGGAUUUUUAAGUAAUUUAUUGUAAGUUAUUCACUUCUGUUUACGACUGUACUACUAUUGUUCUCACUUCGGUGUCGAAGGGGAAAAUAGCUCAUUUGUGGAAAUAAAACAGGAAAACAUGAAACUUAGCUGGCAAAUCUUUAUAAAUAAUUUAAUUUGUACUUUAUCCCACCUGCUUUCAAGUCAAACUUCUCUUUUUUGGAUCAGAUUAAAUUCCAGAUUUCAGUUUUUCAUCAUAUACUAACCAUGACUUAUUUUUCCUGACUUGACACUUUAGAGAUACUGUAUCAGCCUUGCACACUCAAGAACUUUUAAAUACAUUUCUUCUUCUUCUAUGGUGACUGAGAGGUUCGUUUAAAACGAUUUGCAUUAUUACACUUGUAUACCAUCUUUUAAUGAAUAACUAAACCUGUUCAAAUUUCCCAGAUAAUUUUUCUAGGCAUUGUCACAAUCCCUUUGAUUAGGAAACUCAUUUUUUUCAUUAUUGGAAAUUGGAUAAAGUAAAGGAUGUCAAAUGCAGACCAAACUGUCCAGAGAGUAACUUGUAUGAAGCUGUAUUAAAGUCAUGCCUUAAUGUUUGUAUGUUAUACUGUAAACGUACUGUAUGUAAGUCAUUUGUAUUUAAUACUUAAUGUUUGUGUACAGCAGUAAAAUUCUAUAAAUGA